AAUGAAAGUCAUGGAAACGACGUUAGCGUCGGAAACCCUAUAAAUGACGCCGACCUUCUGAAUUCUUUCCUUUUGCUACGGGACUUUUGAAGGAGACGCCUGAAGGAGCCUAACGCCUCGGAAGGUUUGAACCUGUGGAGAAGUCUACUUUGCAAAACUUGCUGAAGAAGCGCUUGGUGAAUUACGCACUUGCUGAAGAAUCCCAAAACCCACGAAAGAUGGAUCCUGGCCAGGAGAAGGACCCGCAGGGGGAUCAGCUGGAAGCUCAUAGUGUAGGUCUUCCAGCAGACGGAUCCCCAACGUUGAAGGAACAUCCAGACGAUGGUAAGGAUCUUGGUAAGGUGUGGUCAAAUGUUUUCCAAGAAAUCAUGUCAGACAACAUGGUUUCUGGAGAUCAUGCAGAGGAGUCGAGGUGUAGUUCACCUCCGCAGUCUGUUGACUGUAGUACCAGCUCCAGUGGUAGCUCCAGUCAAGAUGACUGGGCUAGCAGUUUCAGUGGUAGCUGUAUUAGCAGCUCCAGUCGUAGCUCUAUUACCGUCUUCAGUGAAGAUGAGGUAGGUAGUGACUGGACUAGCAGUUACGGUAAUAUCAGUACUACCAGCUGCAGUCCAACAGUAGACCGUCCUUACGCUGAGCUCGAGAUGGCUCAGAAGCUUCAAGAGGGCAUUUUUCAAUUGACCUCACUUGAAGAGCCUGUUUUGAGUCCAGAUGACUGCAGACCUUUUGGUAUCUCGCAACGUCAUCAGGUAGGUUUGGUAGGGGAUGUGACUCGUGUGACAUCUGCGACCGGCAUAAGCAGAAAGAGGACAAAGGACAGUGACUCUGAAGAGGAGCCCCCUGCCAAGAGGACCAGGGACAGUGACGCUGAAGAGGAGCCCCCUGCCAAGAGGACCAGGGACAGUGACUCUGAAGAGGAGCCCCCUGCCAAGAGGACCAGGGACAGUGACGCUGAAGAGGAGCCCUCUGCUAAAAGCACCAGGGAGCAGCAGCCUAGAGAUGAGCUCCCCUCCAAGAGGACCAGGGACAGUGGUACUGAAGAGGAGAUCCCUGCCAAGAGGUCCAGGAACAGCGAUGAUGAAGAGGAACCUGUUCUCAGUCCCUCCACAAAUACAUUGUGUGAGGAUUCUUUUCAGUCCUCCCCUGUCUCCAGUCCCUCGCCCAUGCCAUUCUGGGUGGAUCCCAUUUUUUCACCCAUCAGUCUUUCACCUAAGAGUGCAUGUGAGGAUCCCAUUCUGUCCUCCCCUGUCUUCAGUCCCUCACCAAGAUUGCCAUGUGAAGGUCCCAUUAUGUCAAUCUAUGCCAUCAGUCCCCCAAUCAGUGAAGAUUCUGUUUUGUCAUCCCCUGUCCUCAACUGUCCACCAAGGACAGUGUGUGAGGAUCCCAUUGUGUCUUCUCCUGCCAUUAGUACUUCCCCAUCAACAUAUUGCAAAGUUCCAAGUUUGACAUUCCCUUGCAUAUGUGUCUGUAUGAAGUCUCAAAUGGAAAAAGAAGAGGAACCAAUGCCUUCAACAUCUGGAAUUGGAUCUGACAGAAUUAGAGGAAGAGAGAGUUCCAGACAAGUGUAUUUUAGACCUCACUACGACUUGUCAAGUGAUGACUCUGAUUAGAUUGGGUUCUUGAAAAACUGAAGACCUACCGGAGAAGUCCCAUUAGGAUAACGUAAUUUCUCUGUUGUUUUUGUUAAAGCCAAUGGCUUUCUAGCAGGACCGAGGAUGCCUUAGGUAGCGCCUUGCACCGGGGCUUUUCUUU